CAUAGUGUAUCAGAGCCCGCGUUGUUGAAGCAAAAUGUCCUCGAGGGCAAAUGAUUUUGUCGGCUCGAAAAUACAAGUUCAAACAGCCGAGGACAGUUAUGAAGGCAUCGUACACAGUAUUGACGAGAAAAAGAAACAAUUAACUCUAUCACAAGUUGUGUUGUGCUCAAGUGGAAAGAGACUUCACGGGUGUAUGAACUUCUUCGGUCAUGAACUGGAUAACUUGUUUAUUUUGGAAACGGCAGAAGCCAUGAGGGUCAAGGAUUCUGUGAGAAACCCUGAAGAGCAUGACACACAAUCAAAUGCUGAAGUCUCGCAGGAAAAUGGAAGUAGUAAAUUUAGCCAAGCAAACAGUGCUGAGACCUGCCAUUCAAGAACAACCAAACCAGUUACUCCCAACUUUGCUAGCACCAAAAACUCAGCUAACAUAGAGGCCAAACAUCACACUAAACCUAAUGAUGGACAUACCAACAGCACAGGCAAAUUAGCUCAGAACACAAACAAACCAGUGACUGCAAGUGGACAUUUCAAAGGGAUAGGAGUUCCAUACAAGAAGCCAAGCAAGGAUUUAACCAGAAGGGAUCCUAGCGAUGAAGGGAUAAGUCUUUUACAGAGGGCUCCACUUGACACUGACAAGUACUUGAUGGAUGAUUUUGACUCUGAUCUUGACUCUGAUGAUGAAAAUAAUGGCAUCACUCCACACUGCCUGCCCCAGACAGCUGUGAUCCAAGCAUUUAACGACCGAUUUAAGAAUGCUAUUGCAUACAUUUCCAAGCAGCGUGUGAUAGGAGUGUCUUGUGAAGGAGUUAAUCUCUCUAGAUAUGGCAAGAUAUGCUGGUUGUUGAUUGGUACAAGGGAGUUUGUCUAUCUUUUUGAUGUACUGAAACUUGGCACCUCCUGCUUUGAUGAAGGGCUUCAAGAAAUCCUGGAAAAUGGGAACAUCCUGAAGGUUUUCCAUGAUUGCCGCCAUCCUAGUGAUGCUUUGUUUCACCUGUAUUCCGUGCGGCUCAUCAAUGUUUUCGACACACAGGUUGCAGAUAUAAUUAUAUAUAAGCGAGAGAGACAAGGCGAAUUGCCACAGUUAGUAAACGGGCUUGUAGCAUGUCUGUAUGAAUACCUGAACAUGCCUCCUGAAAACAUGAGUUUCCAGAAGUACAGGGUCAAUCAGAUGCAGCUAGAUGAAGCUAUCUGGACAAGACGCCCCCUGCCUGAGAGAAUGCUAGAUGCAGCAGCCAAGCGUGUGGUGUACCUGCGGGAGUUACGGCUUGCACAGAUGGAACGUCUGAUGGCUGAAUGCAUCCAUGGCGUUAACAUCUACCUUGGGCUGUACCGAGACAGUUGGGACCAGCUUAGAGGGAAGACUGCGCACAAGACAGGCCGUCAGAUCCCGAAAGAGUUCCGUGAGCUGAGUAAGUUUGACCACCAACGCAGAUAUCGGCGAUAUGAUCAUCAGAACUUCACAGAUGAUCUAGAGAAGGGACAUGGGACAAUGAACGCACCAGACGCGGGAGACCUGUGGAAAGAAGGGCAACAGUUUGCGGAUAAAUACCACGGCAAGCAUGGCAAGUUCCGGGAGCAGAUCAGAGAACCUGUAGAUAUACUAACCGCUGUUCUACCGGGUCAUCUAGACAAUGGAUUGACCAAUCAGCAGCAUCCAUUUGAAGGAGUGUCCAAUCAGAGGCAACAAAUCGAGGGAGGAGCCAAUCAGCCAAUCCCCUUAGGGGAAGGAGCAAAUCAGAGGCCACCUCUUGGAGAAGGGACCAAUCAGAGGCAGCCCCUUAGAGAAGGCGAACUGGCCAAUCAGAGGCAGCCCUUGAAAGAUGAAAUUAAUAAAAAAGAAGCUUCUAAUGAAUCAGCAAAUCACAUGGCCCAGGAAUAUGGAGGAGACUAUCAAUUGAAAGCUUCCACUAUCAAAAAUGUCGUACUAAUGGGUACUAAUGUGAAAGGGUCCGAAAAGAAUUAUGGACCUCCCAGAAAUGAUGCGCUAGUGUUUGACGAUGUUAGUGGUGAGUAUUAUGACGAUUUCGCAGCUUUUGACGAAGAGGAAGAGAACGAGAACUUGUUCCAGUUUCAUCUAGAGACGCAGCCGUCCAUUCAGCAGACGACAGUCACGGGGAAACGGCCAUUCAGCGAGUUUGGGGCGCAGAAGGCCGAAUUGGGGAGGCGCGAUGAGAACAAUCCGCGGCCUUCAGGGGGGAUGGCUUCUGCCAAUGCGGCGCCCAAACCGAUGACAAUGGCCAACAAAUUCAACCCAAACAUACCGGGUAUUUUCAACGAUAACGAGUUCCCCCCACUAAGCAGUUCGGACAACGAGAGUUUAUACGGCUCAUCUCCGGCCCCCCCGCCUAGACGACAACAACGCCAGCUCAACAGAGACAGCCAAAGUCCAGGAUUAGGACACGGAGCCCGCGCUCAAUCCGCCAUGCGGUCUACCCCGCCCUUGCCGCAGCAACAAGAAAACAGUGAAUUGAGCGUACUAGGUCGCGGGCGCGCUUUGUUGUAUCAGCGGCUAGCAACCAUGCCAAGGGCGCGACUGCCGAACCUUGACCAGUCCCCCUUGGCCACAUUUAUCGGCGCGACGCCUGGGGCCCACGAGUUCCCAUCCGACGCUGAGCUCAUGGCCACGCCCGCCAUACUGAGGGUGGAUGACCCCGACAGAGUAGGAGGGACACGGGUCAGGAUCAGGAAGGCUUAGUUUAAUUUCAUCCCGCGCAAAAACGCAGACAAAUUAGGAUUUCACAAGAACUCGACGCAAAGCCCGUCACCACCUGGUAUCCCAUGAAGCCGUUCCGGCAGCGCUUGCUUAUGUGACGAGCCCAGAACGGCUGAUUGGGACGCUAGCAAAUCCGAAAACGCAAGCAAAUCUGGAUUUCACAUAUUAAAAAAAAGUUACAUUUAUAGAAAUGCCGGGCCAAAAAAAAACCAAGGCUAUUAUUUUCACCCUAUUAAUCCUCAAGUAUCCUCAAUUCCAUACUCGACAAAUUCAACAGAACACGUUACAAAAAACGUGCAAUCCCUUAGACGGACGUCCGGCCAUGACUUUAUCAAAGCACCCCCACCCCUUCCCCACUAAGAAAAGUAUUGCAGCCUUUGUAAGUGUUGGUUUCACUAAUGUGCCGUUAGAUUAGUGGCUGUGCGCUUAAAAGGAAAGCGUUCUAUAUGUACGUUAUUAUCUGUGUUUAUGACGCAAAAGUGCAGAUAAAUGCGAAUUUCACAAGAUACCUGGAUGCUUUUGAACAAAAAUAAUAAAGAAUGUCUUAGCAUAA